CGCCGCAGUCGGAGCGGCUCGGGGCUGUGCAGGGGCCGCCCGUCCCUGUCCCCGUCCCCAUCCCGCUCCGUGCCGUGCCCCUGCCGAGCGCCCGCGGGCCGGGGCGCAGCGCAGCGCAGCUCCGGACGAAUGAAGAAAACACGUCCUGUGAAGAGUAAAAGUACUUGAUUCUGGGAAGACUCUUACAGCACUUCUAACUUCAAAGCUGGAGAAAAGUAUGAAGGAACGGUUCAUCUGACUCCCUCAGCAUCUCGCACAGAACACAAAAUGGCUCUUCAGAAAAAAACUGUUGUUGGUGUCUUGGAGGAGUGGUGUUUGGCAGAACCGCUGUUCGGUUGCAGGUGGCACCAGAAUGUUAGGAAAAAACUCAGACUGAUACGAAUUGUAGGGCUCCUUGUCAGUGUAGUGGCCAUUAGUACUUUCUCACUUUCAAUGAGUGCCUUUUUCAAGAUGGAACCACAUAGCAUGGCGCUGGUCAGCAGCCUAGAUAGCCAAAAGCUGGUGCGUGGACACCAAAGAACUCUCUUGGAUUUCACAGAACAGGAUGAAAACGGCACUCCAGAUCCACAUGCUUCUAUGAAAUAUGAAGCUGGGCACGACAAUGAAACAGAUGAUCAUGCGAAGGGAGAGUACCCCGAGGACCUUUUCUCUCUUGAGGAGAGGAGACAGGGAGCAGUGAUCCUCCAUAUAAUUGGAAUGAUUUACAUGUUUAUAGCCUUAGCCAUAGUCUGUGAUGAAUUCUUUGUUCCUUCCUUGACUGUCAUCACUGAAAAACUGGCCAUUUCUGAUGAUGUGGCAGGGGCAACCUUCAUGGCUGCUGGUGGGUCAGCCCCAGAACUCUUCACUUCUUUGAUAGGAGUGUUUAUAUCCCACAGCAACGUUGGCAUUGGUACAAUAGUGGGAUCUGCCGUGUUCAAUAUCCUAUUUGUUAUUGGAAUGUGUGCUUUAUUUUCUAAGGAGAUCUUGAACCUUACUUGGUGGCCACUCUUUCGAGAUAUGUCCUUUUACAUCAUCGACUUGAUCUUGCUAAUCAUCUUUUUUCUGGAUAACUUCAUAAUGUGGUGGGAAAGCAUAACACUCCUGACAGCAUAUUUUUCCUAUGUGACAUUUAUGAAGUUCAAUGUCCAAGUAGAAGAAUUGGUGAAGAAAUUUUUAAACAGGAACAAGGUUGAGAAGGUAACAACAGAUGCUGAAGGAAAGUCACCUAAUGCUGGAGACAAGGAUGACCAAACAUUGACGACCAAGCCACGUCUCCAGCGAGGAGGAAGCUCGGCAUCUCUCCACAACAGCCUAAUGAGGAACAGCAUCUUCCAGCUCAUGAUUCACACUCUUGACCCACUUGCUGAAGGAAAGUUCAAGGAAAGGGCCUCAAUUCUGCAUAAGAUUGCCAAAAAGAAGUGCCAGGUGGAAGACAGUGAAAGGCAGAAUGGAGCUGCUAAUCAUGAGAAAGGUGCAAAAGUGGAAGUUGCAGUAACACCACCAAGUGAUUCAGGACCAGUGCAGAAUGGAAUCGCCCAUAAUGUUGAAGAGAAUGAAGAUGAGGAGGAGGAGCAGCCUCUCAGCCUGGCCUGGCCUGAAACCCCACGCAAACAGGUCACCUAUCUUCUUGUGUUACCCAUUGUUUUCCCACUGUGGGCUACCCUGCCAGACGUCAGAAAACCUACGUCAAGAAAAUUUUUUCCUAUCACGUUUUUUGGCUCUAUCAGCUGGAUUGCCUUCUUUUCUUACUUGAUGGUCUGGUGGGCACAUCAGGUUGGAGAGACCAUUGGUAUCACUGAAGAAAUCAUGGGGCUGACUAUUCUAGCUGCUGGCACAUCCAUUCCUGACCUUAUUACCAGUGUUAUUGUAGCACGCAAAGGUCUGGGCGACAUGGCUGUAUCCAGUUCUGUUGGAAGCAACAUAUUUGACAUCACAGUGGGCCUUCCUCUUCCAUGGCUCCUGUAUGCUGUGGUUAAUGGCUUUGCCCCGGUGACAGUCAGCAGCAAUGGUCUGUUCUGUGCAAUUGUCCUCCUCUUCAUCAUGCUGCUCUUUGUCAUCCUCUCCAUUGCUUCCUGCAAGUGGAGGAUGAAUAAAAUCCUGGGUUUCCUCAUGUUUGGGCUUUAUUUUGUGUUCCUGAUUGUCAGUGUCCUUCUGGAGGACAAAGUGAUCCAGUGUCCUGUCUCCAUCUAGUGGAAAGUGAUGUUUCUCAACAAAAAAAACCCAAACCAAACCAAAACAUAUAUAUUUAUUAAAGAAAUGAUACAUAUGUCAAAACAAAAGAGAAAAAAAAAAAAACACG